AUUUACACUAAGCAAUAUGCAAUCAUUCUGCUCAGACAUAUCAGCCAGUCCUCUGCCUGUUAAAUCUUCUCAGCAUAGUGCUUUCCUUUUUAAACUUCAUGUCCUAAUCUGAUGGUAGGCUGAUGAUUUUACUGAGUGCCUAGAGGGAUUUUAUUUAAAGCAGAAACCUACACAUCUACACGUGGACAAGAUCAGAGGCUAGAAGAAUGGGUUCCCUUUUUCGGAGUGAGGAAGUAUACUUGACACAAAUCUUCCUCCAGGUUGAAGCUGCAUAUUGCUGCAUAGCUGAACUGGGAGAACUGGGUCUGGUCCAGUUUCGAGAUCUGAACCCAGGAGUAAAUAAUUUCCAAAGAAAAUUUGUGAAUGAAGUAAGAAGAUGUGAAGCAAUGGAGAGAAUUCUAAAGUUUUUGCAAAAUGAAAUUGAAACUGAUGGGAUUGUGAUCCAGAAAUGUGACGAUAACCAGAAAGCCCCUGUUCCUCGAGAUAUGAUCGAUCUGGAGGCUGUUUUGGAGAAGUUGGAGAGUGAACUGCAAGAAAUUAAUCAGAACCAGCAGACCAUGAAACAGAACUUCCUGGAAUUAUCUGAACUGAAACACCUUCUCAAGAAAACGGCAGACUUCUUUGAGAAAGAAGCCCGAGUGGCUGAUGAAUCAUAUAAUGAAGAUACAUCGAACCUACUAGAACUCCAGAGUGCUGGAAAACUUGGAUUUAUUGCUGGAGUAAUUAAAAGGGAAAGGUUGUUGGCUUUUGAGCGUUUGUUGUGGCGAGCCUGUAGAGGAAAUGCGUACAUGAAGCACAGUGAAAUGGAAAUGGUGCUUGAAGAUCCAGUGACGAGAGAACCCAUGAAGAAGAACACCUUUAUCAUAUUCUUUCAAGGAGAACAGCUCAAGCAAAAAAUCAAAAAAAUAUGUGAAGGAUUCCGUGCUACAAUCUAUCCAUGUCCAGAGACAGCAAAUGAGCGCCGUGACAUGGCUGCUGGUGUCAGUACAAGAAUUGAAGAAUUAACUUUGGUGUUGGGGCAAACAGAAACCCACCGUAAUCGUGUACUUCAGGAAGCAGCCAAGAAUCUACAGAGCUGGAUGACUAAGGUGAUAAAAAUGAAGGCAGUUUACCACACACUGAAUCUCUGCAAUAUUGAUGUCACUCAGCAGUGUCUGAUUGCUGAAACGUGGUGCCCAACUGCAGAUAUGGAUCAAAUCAAGAGAGCCCUAGAUGUGGGAACUUCACGAAGUGGCUCUACCAAUGCACCAAUCAUGACAGUAGUGCAAACAAGAAUGUCUCCUCCCACCUUCAACAGGACUGAUAAGUUUACAGCUGGUUUCCAGAACAUUGUAGAUGCUUAUGGAGUCGGCAAUUACAGGGAAAUGAACCCAGCUCCUUACACUAUCAUUACCUUUCCUUUCCUUUUUGCGGUAAUGUUUGGGGAUUGUGGCCAUGGAACGGUUAUGCUUGGCUUUGCACUUUGGAUGGUUUUAAAUGAGAAGCAGCUUCUGGCACAAAAAAGUGAUAAUGAGAUCUGGAAUACAUUUUUCAGUGGUCGCUAUCUGAUUCUGCUGAUGAGCAUAUUCUCAAUUUAUACAGGCUUCAUCUAUAAUGACUGCUUCUCCAAAGCCAUUAACAUAUUUGGCUCAUCUUGGCGUGUUUCCCCUAUGUUUUUAAAUGGCACCUGGAGUGAGGAGUUACUUCAAUCAAGCACAACACUACAACUGGAUCCAGCAGUUCCAGGCGUUUUCUCUGGAAACCCAUAUCCUUUUGGAAUUGAUCCGAUAUGGAACAUUGCCACCAACAAGCUAACAUUCUCAAACUCUUACAAGAUGAAGAUGUCAGUUGUAGUUGGUAUUACACACAUGAUUUUUGGUGUCAUCCUGAGUCUUAUUAACCACAUCUAUUUUAGGAAUGUGCUAAACAUCGUUCUUCAAUUCAUUCCUGAGAUGAUCUUCAUUUUUAGUUUGUUUGGAUAUCUGGUCUUCAUGAUAAUUUACAAAUGGUGCAACUUUAACGUCCACAACUCGCAGUAUGCUCCCAGCAUUCUUAUCCACUUUAUCAAUAUGUUCCUCUUUAACUACAGUGACAAAACAAAUGGUCCACUCUAUAUACACCAGCAAGAAAUUCAGAGUUUUCUGGUAAUUUUUGCUCUCAUUGCUGUUCCGUGGAUGUUACUUAUCAAGCCAUUUAUUCUUCGAGCCAGACAUCUGAAGUCACAGCGCAUGCUGCAGUCUCCUACUACAGGUGGCAUCGAGGAGGGUGAAGCAGAGCUUGCUCAUUCUAGCCAUGCUAGCAGUUCAGACCAUGGCGGCCAUGAUGGAGGACAUGGUGGACAUGAUGACCAUGGUGGUGAGUUCAACUUUGGUGACAUAUUUGUCCACCAGUGUAUACACACCAUUGAAUACUGUCUGGGCUGCAUAUCAAACACCGCCUCGUACCUGAGACUCUGGGCUCUCAGCCUGGCUCAUGCAGAAUUAUCAGAGGUACUCUGGACAAUGGUUAUGCACAUUGGUCUCAGCAGUGGAGGCUACGGUGGGCUGAUUAUAAUCUUUAUUAUCUUUGCCGUCUUUGCUGUUCUUACAAUAGCUAUCCUACUGGUUAUGGAGGGACUUUCAGCUUUCCUGCAUGCACUGCGACUCCAUUGGGUGGAGUUCCAGAAUAAAUUUUAUAGUGGAUCAGGCUACAAAUUCUGUCCCUUCUCAUUUGCUGCUAUUUUAAGUGGAGAAGCAGAAGCUUAAAGAGUUGCAGUCGCUUUUGGAUCACCAUUUCAAAAUCACAGUAUAUGGAUAUUCAGUCUAACUGUGCCAUGAAACAAUUACUAUCCGUCAAAAUUAGUGAGCAGAAGUUUUGGGCAUUUCUUCAAGCUUUUACUGUUAUUCCUCGAGUCAGUUAGUAAUUUAUUUUAAGAAAGUUAAAACAUUUAUAAUAAAUUAUUUUUUACAUGUGAAAAUUUUGAAUCACAGAAUUAUGGGGACAAAAGCAGGCAUCAGAACUUGUAUCACUCACCACAAUCUAAAUUCACAGAUGCUAAGAAAACUGAACAAAAAAAGGAAAUGUGUCCAUGUGUACAUUUUUCUUUAGGUUGCUGGGGGUGCUUGGUCACCUUAAUGUUAUUAUGUAGGUGGCCAUAAAUGUUAGUGGAUAUAUGUAACAGAACAGGGAUCAUGACAGCAGAGGUCAAAGAACAGGUGCUACAUGCAUGGUUACACCUUGGUAUCCUUGUAGAUGAUACACCCUCACUGUUUAGGACUAAUUUUCAUGAAAUGGAGCUGACUGUAUCUGAUGUUAUCUACUGAUUUUAUGUUGCAGUCCUGAAAAAAGAAGGUUUAAGAUAAUGUUUUGCAUUGAAAUUUUUCUUUUAGUACAUUCUAAAUGUAUGUACUUUAUUGCUCUCCAUUUAAACACAACUUACAGAUAGUUACCUUACUUUAUUACCAGUAGCCAUUAUGAUCUGUUAAUUGUCUUUUGAAUGUACGUUCGGCUAGUAGUUUACAUAAUUUUAUCUGACUUAGCAACCAUUUCAUGUUUUGUAAUGAGAAUGAAUGCAAUGUUCAUUAUUAUCUUAGUCCUGUUUUCUUCAUGGAAUAGGUCUUCAGACCAGCCUGUUAUCAAAUCAAUAAAUGAAUUUAAUAAAUAAUUGUUUGUGCAGCCCUGAAGUCUA